GUGCCGUGCGCGCUGACGUUGCGCGGCGGCGGCGGGCGGCUCCUCCGGGGUGGUCCCGCGGCACCAUCGCAGCCGGGGGGCCCUCGGGACCCCCCCGCACAGCCCCCCAUGCGCUGCCCGGCCCGGGGGGGCCCCCCCGGCACCUGAGGGGGGGCAGGGCCCCCCCAGCGCCCCCCCAGCCAUGAUGUUCCGGGACCAGGUGGGGAUCGUGGCCGGGUGGUUCCGGGGCUGGAGCGAGUGCGAGCAGACGGUGGCUCUGCUGGCGCUGCUCAAACGGGUCACGAGGACACAGGCCCGGUUCCUGCAGCUCUGCCUCGAGCACUCCCUGCAGGACUGCCCCGACAUCCACCGGCGCGAGGCCGAGGCCAACAGUGCCGCUGCCAUCUCGCAGUGGCCCCAGGAGCCGGCCGAGGCCGCCGUGUCCCUGCUGCUGUCCCACCUGCCGCUGCUGCAGCCCGGCAACGCGGCGGCCAAGGCCGAGUACAUGAAGCGGCUGCAGAAGGUGCUGGCGGAGGCCAUCGAGAGCAACCGCUGCGUGGAGGAGAGCCGGCAGCUGCUGUCCUACGCGCUCAUCCACCCCGCCACCACGGCCGACGACCGCAGCGCGCUGGCCCUGUGGCUCGGCCACCUGGAGGAGCGCCUGGCCCCCGGCGCCGCCCCCCCGCGCCGCCCCCCCGCCCACGAGUGGCCCCCCGAGCACCCCCCCGAGCCGGGCGGGGCCUGGGCGGAGCCCCCCGGGGGCGGGGCGGCCCCGCCCCGCGAGAACGGGCACCCCGUGUACCACGGGGCAGGGGGAGCCCUGCCCUGCCAGCUGCACCCCAGCCCCCUGAAGCGCUCGCUGUCGCUGGUGCCCGGCAGCCCCCAGCCCGGCCAGGGGGGCGAGUGGGCGGGGGGCGGGGGCCCCGAGGACCCCCCCGCGGCCCCCAGGGCCCCCCCCCCGUUCGGGGAACACGCCCCCCUGUCCCCCCAGAGCAGCGUGGCCUCGUCGGGCAGCGAACACACCGAGGAGCCCGGCGGGCGCAACUCCUUCCAGGAGGACGGCAGCGGCAUGAAGGACGUCCCCUCGUGGCUCAAGAGCCUGCGGCUGCACAAGUACGCGGCGCUGUUCGCCCAGAUGAGCUACGAGGAGAUGAUGACGCUGACGGAGCAUCACCUGGAGUCACAGAACGUCACCAAGGGCGCCCGGCACAAGAUCGCCCUGAGCAUCCAGAAGCUGCGGGAGCGGCAGAGCGUCCUCAGGGCGCUGGAGAAGGACAUCCUCGAGGGGGGCAACCUGUGGACGGCGCUGCAGGAGCUGCAGCAGAUCCUGGUGACCCCCAUCAAGGCCUUCCGGCCCCCCCCGGCCGCGCCUCCCCCUCCCGGGACCCCCGACGGGGCCCCUCCGGGCCCCCCCCCCGACGCCUUCGCCCCCCCCCCGGCCCCCGACGCCGAGGCCCCCGCGGCCCCCGUCCCUGACGGGGACAUCCCGGGGCAGUUCACCCGGGUCAUGGGCAAGGUGUGCACCCAGCUCCUGGUGUCGCGGCCGGACGAGGAGAACAUCACCAGUUACCUCCAGCUGCUCGAGAAGUGCCUGAGCCACGAGGCGUUCACGGAGACGCAGAAGAAGCGGCUCCUGUCCUGGAAGCAGCAGGUGCUGAAGCUGCUCCGCGCCUUCCCCAAGAAGGGGCCCCUGGACGGCCCCCCCGGCUACCGGCCCCCCAAGGGCUGGGCCUUCGGCUCCAACUCUCUCCCCAUAGCUGGCUCUGUGGGGGGGGGGCGGCGGGGGGGGGGACGCCCCUUCGCGCUGCCCCCCCGGGCUCUGCCCCCUGCCCGCCUGGGGCUGCUGGGACCCCCCGGGGGGGCCCCCGCCCCCAGACCCCCCCUCGGAGCCCCCCCCCUGGGCUCCCAGGGCCGCCAGAGCCUGUGGUUCGGCGCCGGGGGGGGGCCGGGGGGGUCCCCCGGGGGUCGCAGCGCCGUGCAGAGAACCCACUCCCUGCCCGUGCACAGCUCCCCACAGGCCCUGCUCGCCUUCCCACAGGAGUGCCCCCUCCCCGGCACCGACCUGGAGAUCAACCCCACCCUGGAGUCGCUGUGUCUGAGCAUGACCGAGCACGCGCUGGGGGAUGGCACAGACAAGACCUCCACCAUCUGAUGGCGCUGCCCCCCCCUCCCCAAAUCGGGGGGGCACCUCCUUAACACCCCCCUUCUCCUGCCCCCCCCCCACGUGCCCCCCCAGGGGGGUCCCCAAAACAUCUGGGGUGGGGUGGGGGGGUGUAAAACCCUUCCUCCCCCUUCGACCGCCCCCCCUCCCAUGGCCGGGGGGCUCAGGGGGGUCCCCGCUGAGGGAGGGGCUCCCCCAGGCCGAUGACCUUGUGAGGGGGGGGGCCAUGACACUACAGGGGGGGUUUUUUGGGGGGGUUUGUUGCGUUUUCGCCGUUUUAAGGAUCCCGGAAUUUGGGGGUUUGUGGGUUCAUUUUCCCCCUCUUUUAUUAUUAUAUUAUUAUUAUUAAUAUUAUUUCUGUUCCAGCCCCCCCGGGGGGUG